AUGUCCCUAUCGUUUGGACGCCGGUUCUUCAGACGGAGGUCAGACCAGUCGGCUUCAUCAGAAUAUCUGGGAUCCAGAGCAAGCUCUCCACAAGAUGCCGGUCUGCAGCAGGUCCUAGAUGAACAUAAGACCAGUCUGAGGAGCAGAUGUGAACAUGUGACUGAAGGAACUGAUGAACCAGGAAGUAGAACCCCCCUCAACAGGAUCUACACGGAGCUCUUCAUCACAGAGGGACUGAGUGAAGAGGUUGAUACUCAACAUGAGGUGAGGCAGCUGGAGACAGCUUCCAGGAUGAAGAGCCUCCAUGACGCUCCAAUCAGGUGCCAGGACAUCUUUAAAGCCUUACCUGACCAACGUGGAGCCAUCAGAGUGGUUCUGACCAACGGCGUCGCUGGCGCUGGGAAAACCUUCUCGGUUCAGAAGUUCUCUCUGGACUGGGCCGAGGGCUGGGAGAACCAAGACGUCACCGUGGUGAUUCUGCUCUCGUUCAGGGAGCUGCACCUGAUCGGAGAUGAGCAGCUCAGUCUUCUCAGGCUGAUCCGGGUUUUCCAUCCAUCGUUACAGAAGCUCACUGCAGAGCAGCUGGCUGCCGGGAAACCGUUGUUCAUCUUUGACGGCCUGGAUGAAAGCAGACGUUCCCUGGACUUCAACAACGGUCCGGUGGUGUCUGACGUCACACAGAGCUCAUCGGUCAACGUGCUGCUGACCAACCUCAUCCAGGGGAACCUGCUUCCCUCAGCUCUCAUCUGGAUCACUUCCAGACCUGCAGCAGCCAAUCAGAUCCCUCACAAACACGUGGACAGGGUGACAGAAGUACGAGGCUUCACCGACGGCCAGAAGGAGGAAUACUUCAGGAGGAGGUUCAGGGAUGAAGAGCGGUCCAGCAGCAUCGUCUCCCACAUGAAGACAUCCAGAACCCUCCACAUCAUGUGUCAACUCCCGGUCUUCUGCUGGAUCACUGCUACAGUUCUGGACCACAUGUUGACCACAGAGCAGAGAGGAGAGCUGCCCAAGACCCUGACUGACAUGUUCUCCCACUUCCUGCUGGUCCAGACCAAGAGGAAGAAGAACAAGUACCAGGAGGGACAUGAGACGAGUCCACAGGAGCUGACGGAGGCUGACAGGGACCUUCUCCUGAAGCUGGGGAGGCUGGCGUUUGAACAUCUGGAGAAAGGAAACAUCAUGUUCUACCAAGAAGACCUGGAGCAGUGUGGUCUGGAUGUCCCAGAGGCCUCGGUGUACUCAGGAGUUUGUACCCAGAUCUUCAGGAGAGACUGUGAGGUCUUCCAGAAACCCGUCUACUGCUUUGUUCAUCUGAGCAUCCAGGAGUUCCUGGCUGCAGUCUACGUGCUCCACUGUUGGUCCACCAGGAACACGGAUGUGCUGGAGAACUUCCUGGGAGGAAACUACACAUACUCAUCUCUGAUUGACUUCCUGGGGAGGGUCAUGCUGAAAUCCCUGCAGAGUAAAAAUGGCCACCUGGACCUGUUUGUCCGCUUCCUUCAUGGUCUUUGUGUGGAGUCCAACCAGAGACUGUUAGGAGUUCUGCUGAACCAGACGGAGAACGAUCCAGAAACCAUCCAGAGAGUCAUCAACAACCUGAAGAAGAUGAGCACUUACGAAACCUCUCCUGACAGAAGCAUCAACAUCUUCCACUGUCUGGUGGAGAUGAACGACCUCUCAGUUCAUCAGCAGAUCCAAGAGUUCCUGAAGUCAGAGAACAGAUCAGAGCAGGAACUCUCUGAGAUCCAGUGUUCAGCUCUGGCCUACAUGCUGCAGAUGUCGGAGGAGGUUCUGGAUGAGUUGGACCUGGACAAGUACAAGACAACACCAGGGGGUCGACUGAGACUGAUUCCAGCUGUGAGGAACUGCAGAAAGGCUCGGUGA